AUGCAGCAGGAAGGGCCCUGCCAUUUAUGGAUCGACGCCAUAUGGCAGAGGCAUGCAAUGGAGACCAGCGCCGUGAGAACCCCUUCGGCCGCCAGCGACUCCAACCGAGAGGCUCCACCUGCGGCGGCGUGCGAUCACGGCUCCCAAGACCUCCGGGAUACCAAGAAGACCGCAGCGGCCCUGAUGUUCUCCGGAACCUUCCUCACUCUGGUGGGCAUCACCUGCACCGCCAUGGCCCGGAAGAACUACUUCUCGCCCAGCAACAGCUUUCUGUGGGGCUGGAUGCUGGGCCCCAUCUUCAUCCUCUGCGGAGGCAUCUUCAUCCUCCUCAGAGUCAUGGAGUGCGCGAUGCGGCGCUGCUGGCCCUACGGGCGGCCGGAGGCUGAGAUGUUUGUGGUUCCGGUGAGGGAGCAGCCCUCGGGGAGGCCGCCUUUCAUGCUCCACGCCGCGAAUCGGCCGGUUGUGCUGCAGGGUGGGGCGGCGAUGCUCUGCGUGCCACCUGCGUACAGCUUCAUCAGCCAGGACGUGGAGCAGGCCGGCAGCUCCCUGACUGACGUCGCAGUGGCGCUCCCUUCGUACGACGCCUUGUUUUCUGUGGACAGCGCAGCAGGGGAAGGCCACUCGUCUGGAGGCAUGGAGACGGACCGCAGGAGCAGCAGCAUGCAGAAGACCACAGAGGAAGAGAGAAGGCGUUUGGGAAGGUGCAGCUCCACCUCUUCACAGCCACCUGCCUACGAAGACAUCUACCCUUCAUCUCACAAACCCAGCCCGUCUUAA